GUGCUGCAAUGUUCAUGUGCACCGUGAUCACUUAUAACUAUGCGCUUUCUUUAUCACACUAUCUACCUAAUUUUAUAAUGAUUUAUUACUAUCACACCACUUCAACCCUCGUACUUAAUCAAACUCAUGAUCAAGGACACCCAUCUUAUCUUUUGUUUCAUCCCAUGAUCAUCAUCAUAUUUAAUUAAUUCGUGUUCCAAAGGGAAUAUUCAUGUAGUUCAACUGCUUAUUUUAUUAUUAUUAGUCUCUACUGUUUCUCCUUGCACAUUCUUUAGUUAUUUUCUACAUUUCUGGCAAAAAUAAUCAUGUAGUUCAACUGCAUAUUUUAUUAAUUAAAAUACCCCACGUUGGUUAAGAAUAUGUCAAAAAAAUCGUCUUUACAAGAAUAGGAAAUUCCCCUCCACUGAGUUAAGCUUUAUUUUCUAAUGUUUUGAGUUGAGAUUGAACUGAUUUGGUUUGCUCCUCUCAGAGAUUGUUUUCAAAUCUUCACAAUGGGUACUACAUUUUUUCCUCUUCGUUGGGAGAGCACAGGGGAUCAAUGGUGGUAUGCAUCACCAAUAGACUGUGCUGCUGCUAAUGGCCACUAUGACUUGGUUCGUGAGAUUCUACGAAUUGACAACAACCACCUCUUCAAGCUCACGUCCUUGCGCCGCAUUCGUCGCCUUGAGGUUGUGUGGGACGACGAAGAACAGUUCAGUGAUGUUGCAAAGUGUCGUUCAGAGGUGGCACAAAAGCUGCUUCAUGAGUGUGAGUCAAAGAGAGGGAAGAAAAAGAACUCUGUGUUGCGUGCAGGGUAUGGUGGAUGGUUAAUGUACACUGCUGCAUCAGCUGGGGACUUUGGUUUUGUUCAGCAGCUUCUUGAGAGGGACCCUCGGUUGGUGUUUGGAGAGGGAGAGUAUAAUGUUAGUGAUGUUUUUUAUGCUGCUUCAAGGGGCAAGAAUUUUGAGGUUUUUAAGGUGCUGUUUGAUUUUGCGGUUUCCCCGAGGUUUGUUACUGGCAAAGGUGGGGUUUUGGAGGAGCAUGUUGGGGCUGUUCCUCCUGUUUAUAGGUGGGAGAUGACUAAUAGAGCUCUUCAUGCUGCUGCUAGAGGAGGGAGUGUGGAGAUUUUGGAGGAGCUUCUUGCUGAUUGCUCUGAUGUUUUGGCUUAUAGAGAUGCUCAGGGGUCUACUAUUUUGCAUUCUGCUUCAGCCAGAGGCCAGGUUCAGGUGGUCAAAUACCUCAAAUCAUCCUUUGACAUAAUAAACUCCACAGACCAUCAAGGAAACACUGCUUUGCAUGUGGCUGCUUACAGGGGCCAAUUAGCAGCAGUUAAAGCUCUAAUUUCUACAUCUCCCGCAUUGAUCUCUCUGAGAAACAACACUGGAGAAACUUUCCUCCAUAAAGCCGUGUCCGGUUUUCAAUCUCCCUCAUUUAGAAGAUUGGACAGACAGGUUGAGCUUUUGAGGCAGUUAGUAAGUGAUGAAAAUUUUCACAUUGAGGAAAUCAUCAAUGUAAAGAACGCUGAUGGAAGAACUGCUCUCCACAUUGCCACAAUAGGGAAAAUUCACACUGAUAUUGUGAAACUCUUGAUGACUGCUCCACAAAUAAAUGUCAAUGUGAGUGAUGUUGAUGGCAUGACCCCACUUGAUUACCUUAAGCAAAGUCCUAACUCAGCAGUAUCAAAUGUACUAAUCAGGAAAUUGAUUGCAGCUGGGGGAAUGUUCAAUUAUCAAGGUUAUAAUUCAAGAAAAGCCAUAGCUUCCCACGUGAAAAUGCAUAGUAUUGGUGGCAGUCCUGGAACAUCAUUCAGAAUUUCAGACACUCAAAUGUUUUUGUACACAGGAAUUGAAAAUGCAUCAGAUGCAAGUACUGACCAGGGAAGUGCAGGUAUGAGUUCAUCUUCAUCAGAACUCACUGCAUAUGACUCAACAGCAGAGAAUAGAUGCUCAACAACUAGCAAAAGGCCUUCAGUGGCAUCAGGGUUGAAACGAGUCCUUCAGUGGCCACUAGUUAAGGACAAGAAAACUGAGGGGUUCAAGAAAUCAGUGGAUGAGGGUUCAGUGGACUCAUGCAGGAAAUGGGACUGCACAGAAGAAACUCCAACCCCACUUAGACAGAGAUUUUUUAGGCAUUCAGCACUUCCUAACAACAAAAGGAACCUAUCUGUCAGGAGUUACCAGUCAAGUCCAAAUGCCAAGAAGAGAUUUGCUUCCGGAGUUGUGCAUGGAGACAUUCACCCCAUGCCACAAGUAAGGGUUUCAAGAAGAUCAUGUUCUAGUUCCUUUUCAGUAUCAUCGUUUUCAUCACCUAGAUCAAUAGAUAAGCAGAAGGGUAUUUGCAUUGAGAAUGAUGUUGCUGGACCAUCUUGCUCAAGUCAUCCACAUGAUGAUGAAUCCCCAAAGAGAACGUCUGUUAAGAAAAAGCUAAAGGGCCGUUAUUUUUGUUUUUCCAAAGCCUCAGUAAACAGGCAGAAAGAAAGCCCGUUACAAGAAACCUGAUGUUUCUGUCAGUGGCUUAAUUAGAUGAAAUUAAAUAAUCGCCAAACAGGUUUUUGUCAAAUAUAGAAGACAAAAAGGUGCUUCAUCAAUCCAACACUACACCGUCUUUGAGAGCAUUUAGUGCGUUCAUUGGUUGCAAGUUUUUAUUGGUAAUAUGUGAUGAAGUAAGAUUUGUUCAUCCUUAGCUCAACUUGUUAAUUGAAGACUCCUGUGUUAAAAUGUGCUUCUUAUUGUAUCGGCAUCAAAGCAGCGAAAUUUGGUGUGCAGUUAGAAUUUAGUAUUGUUGCACAUGCACUAUGAGCAUUUUGCAUGUUUAAAAACAGGGUGAAGGCUAUGCUAUGCACUAUGUAAUUGCAGUCUAUGAGAGGGACUACUAUUCACCUUUAUGAAUGAGAUUCAAUUUAUAUCCCCGUAAGAGGGGUAUAAAGCGAGUAAAAGAAAAUUAUUCUCUUC